AGGAGAGGAGAAGAGCAGCCGUGACGGCGGCCACACACUGAGAACUCGGGCUGUGAUGAGAAAAAGGAGGAAAAACCAUUAGGGAUGCUUUUAAGCAGAAAUGUGGGUCAUUUGCAUAUUAGUCUAAAACGGGAGUGAAGUGCGUCUGUGUAGCCUCAAGCCCGACGCAGUUGUUUCUUUUGUCGGGAGGGUGUCCGAGGGUGAUGCGGAGCGCGCGUGUGAGGCGUGGCUUGGCGACCCGACCCGAGCACUGGUGACUAGGGUCAUGGGACUGCUGCUGCCCCCUGUCCGUCUCUCAGUCCGCCCCGCUGCCUCCGGAGGCCCCAGGGUCCUACGCUCCUUAAGGUUCCAGCCCAGUCCAGAAAACAGCACAGCCGGUGGUGAAUUUUGGUCUUGCGUCUGAGGAUAAUGUCUGAAUCUUCUCUAGACACCAGAAGUUGUGACGUCAUGAAGGUUCUGGAGUGUGACGGGCCGCAUUUGGCCGACUCGCCCGCGACCCCCAACGACCCCCAGUACGCACCGCAGAACAAUGGCACGCACGCCCAGGAGUGUGUGAUAGACCAAAGCUCCUCCCAUCAAACUCAGCUCGGCCAAUCAUCACAGAGUAUUAAACGUUCCAAGUCCAACGGCAAGUUAAAGUUAGUCCGAAGCUUGGCGGUCUGUGAAGAACCUUCUCCGCCUCCGCUCAGAGAACUGCCGCAAGAACAGGAAAAGAUUCAGAUCGAGCUAAGCCAGUCUUUCGACGAAACGUCAAUCAAAAGCGAGGAUGGUGAGAAAUUCUCAGAGACGCCUGAGAAAACGGACCGACUGUUGAGGAAGACGCUCUCAAGAGAUCCCAGUCAGGAAUACACAGACUCCACGGGUAUAGACCUUCAUGAGUUUCUGGUCAACACGCUGAAGAACAACCCCCGGGACAGAAUGAUGUUGCUGAAGCUGGAGCAAGACAUUCUCGACUUCAUUAGUAACAUCGACAGUCAGAAGAGAAAGUUUCCCCCGAUGACAUCAUAUCACAGGAUGCUGCUGCACAGGGUGGCCGCGUACUUCGGGCUGGACCAUAACGUCGAUCAGACCGGAAAAGCAGUUAUUAUUAACAAAACCAGCAAUACUAGAAUACCAGACCAGAAGUUUUCAGAACACAUUAAAGACGACAAAACAGAUGACUUUCAAAAGCGGUACAUCUUAAAGAGAGAUAACUCAAGCCUGGACCAGGAUGAUGGCAGGCUGCGAAUGCGUCUGAAGGAUGACCGAAGGAGCAAAUCGAUCGAGGAGAGGGAGGAGGAAUACCAGCGCGCCAGAGACAGAAUCUUCGCUCAAGAGGGACAAGAACAUUUUCCAUUCGAUAAAAGAAUCCAAGAGGAUGUUACUUUCAUCAACACCCAGCAAAGACGUCAAAUAUUCAGACUGAGAGACGGUCGCUCUGGAAACAGUCGUCAAAGCAGUUCAGAGAACGAGUUGAAGUAUUCUGACCCCAGACCCUGGAGCAGCACAGACUCAGACAGCUCUCACAGGAACCUGAAGCCCUCUAUGACCAAAGCAAACAGCUUCAGUGGCAUCAGCCUGCUUAUACGAGGAGACAGUACGGCCAGCAGCAAGAGCGCUGGAAAACUAUCCAAAACCAGUUCCGACUCUUCUAGUAGCGUAGGUUCGUCUUCCGGGUCGCUCCCUCGACCUGCUCAGCUGUCGUUACCCACCCCCGUUCUACCGCAACCCGGUCGGGGUUUAACAAUGGCGCCCGCCGCCGCUCUUCCAGCUCCCCCCAUCGGGGGCAACGCAAGCACCCCGGCAGCUCAGAGCUCGAGUACUAACUCUAACAUUAACGCUAAUGCUAGCUUCUACAUCGUUCCACUGGACACCUCAGCCAUUCCACCAGGCAGCGUGCUUCUCAAUCCACAGACAGGUCAACCGUACAUUAACCCCGACGGCAGCCCGGUUAUCUACAACCCUGUGACAUCACAGCAGGGGCGGGGCCAACAGACCAUGACUCUGCACCCUCCCCCACCAUCUCAUCCUCCCCCUCAGCCUCAACAAGCCAAUCACCUUCUUGCGCAGCCGUCUGCGCAGCCAGUGCAGUUCGCUGCAGUCUCUUGUCCUCCUCCUCUCCUGCCUGGUGCUUUUACUCAACAAUAUACCAUGCAACAGGACGGUUUAAGCGCUCAGUUCAGCCAGAUGAAUUUUGUACGACAGACGUCAGGAGAAGCUCAGGACCCCCACACGGGCCUGUACCCACAAUCCCUGGUGCUUCAGAACCCCCCGUCCACCGGCUACAUGCUUCAGACGGCCGGGCAGCCAAUGGGCGGCCACGCCUAUCCUCAGCACACACCUGUCAAUCAAACGGUCCUGCAGCCACACGGAUACAUGCAGCAACCCGUGCAACAGGUAUCUGCUUGCUUCUGUGCUCCGGGACAAUAUUCACACUCUAGCCAACACUACAGAGCGGUGACACCGGUACACUACAGCGCCCCCCAGAGUCAACAUCUGCCACCACAACAGACAGGUUACCAGACGGUCAUGCCCGGUCAACCACCCAGCUACCAAGGAAUGAUGGGAGUCCAACAGACUCAGAAUCAAUCGCUGGUUAACACCCAGGGCGGGAUGGCCAAUCAGAUUCAGAGCAUGAUGGUGCAGUACCCCGGCAUGCCUCCAUAUCAGGUGUCCUUACAACAGGGAUCUCAGAACGUUUCGCAGGCAGCCUAUCAGCAACAGAUCGUGCUCCAAGGACAGACCAAUCAGACGCCAGCACCAACUGCCCAAAUGCAGGUGUAUUACAGCAUGUUGCCGCCAACCCAACACUCUACCAUUAGUUCUACAGUUGGCUUCCUUCCACCACCGGGAUCGGAUCAGAUGUCAUUUCCGAGAGCGCCCUCCCCCUGUGGCUCUCAGCCAAUCACAGGCCAGCAGUGCCCAGGCGUUCCUCAUCCGCCCCCUGCUGGCGGAGUGGUGAUGAUGCAGUUGAGCGUUCCUCCCUGCCAGCAGCCACGAGCUCUUUCCCCACCUCAGUGGAAACCAAAUCGUUACUACAAACACAACGACCUGCCCCUGCAAGACCCCAUGCAGAAUAAUCCACAGCAGCUGAUUAGCCCCUCGCCCUCACCAGCUCAAUCACCCGCUCCUGUCCAUUUGAAGGGUCCACGUCCUGGCCCCGCCCCUUUUCCCAUCAUGCCCCAGUUCCCUCGCCCAUACGCUCCAGGCCAAGCAGGUGAUGGAAGGUAUCCUCCUCUGAUUGGGCAGCCCCUCCAGUAUAACCCCCCCAUCAGACCCCCACUAAUGCACGGCUCUCAUGUGGUCAACCAUCAUCACAACCUUCAUCACCAUCAGGGUCAUGUGGGUAGCCGGUACGGCGGGCGCAGUCGAAGACCCGCAAAGAAAUCGCUGUCUAUUGACGUGAGCACAGGAGAGACGGAGAUCGGUCGUGUUCUGGAGGUGACGGAUCUUCCGGCUGGUAUCAGUCGAGCGGAAGCAGACUCUUUAUUCGCAGAACUGAGCAAAGUUGGCGCUAAAAUAAAAUGGCUGGCCGAACCUCCAUCCCCCAACCAAUCAGAGAGCCGCAGCGAGGGGGCGGACGCCACAAACUCUGACCCCUCCAAACCGCCCCCUCACGACCUGGCGUCCACCUACACCAUCCUGGCCACGUUCCCCUCCAAAUACGCGGCGCAGAGCACGCUUCAAAAACUCAACAGCUCCGUCACCAAAUUCAAACUGAGAACUAGCAAGGGAAAACACGAACAGCACACGCUCGCCAGAUCCAGCUCUCAGUGAAUGCCACGCCCCCUCCUGUCUCUCCACCAAUCACCAUCAUUGCCUCAGGCUCACUUCCUGCCAUUUCAGUCACCUUCUGUCUGGUUUGUUUUCUGUUUCGUUUGUUUGUUUUCGCACCACUACGGCUUAAUCCAAACAGGUUUGUUACUUUCAAAUGGGAUUUUCACGCUAGUUUGUUAAAAAAAAAAGAAAACGAAAAAAAUUGAGAAUUUAUCGGAAUGUUGUUGUUGAAUUGUUCUCUCACGGUUUCGAACGAAUUUCGCUGUUAUUUAAACAAAACCAAAAAGUGAGGCAUGGUUGGCUUUUUUUUUUCUUCCGAAAAUAGAUCAGGAACGCUAAACUAGAACCGGAGCAUGUUGUUCGUUUUUUUAUUUACGAUCAAAAUGUGAUCGUAGUUUCAAGUUCACACAGCAACAAAAUGUCCUUUGCCAUGUCGCUCCUCUGAAAUAAAGCAUCGGCCUUUUGUUCUGUUUUGAAAUGCAAAGAACAAGCAACAAGAUUUCUUGCAGUCAAUUGUGAAGGCAGGGCAUCUGUUACAAGGAAACUUCUUCGACUUGUGCCUCCCAGCAGGCACGACGACGGUGGACGACAAAGCAAGAAAAACCACGUCGGGAAAUAUCGUAAUCGAUACCGCAGCCGCAUCCAAAUAAACGAGAGAUUUGUUUUUAGAAACAGACAGCGGGUUGAACUCGCCGAUAUGUGGACUGUAUGUUUUUGAAUUUUAACUUAAUUUAAUCGUCGAUGGAAGUGGCGCGAUUGCCAAAUGGAAGGUUUUAUCGCUUUCUCUCCUUUCCUGUCUUUGGGACGAUGGACGCUGGUCCAUUCUGGGUUUUUAAAAUUCUUAUCUCAUCAGAAGUCACUGGAUGAAACGUUUGCACUGUCACAUGUCUCUUGUCUCUUUCUCUCUCUCGCGCGCUUGAUCUCGUCUUUUUUAUUUUCGUUGCGAGAUGUGUGGACUACGAAAGGCUGUAAAAUGUUUGCUGGUGCAGUUUGUUUUUAUCUCAAUUUGAAACCAAUAAAUGUUUACACAUAAACUUUU